AUGGGUUCCAGGCUUCACUUCCAGAGAAUCAAAGAGCGCCCUCCGCUCCCCCACCAUGACGAUAUAAGAGCUUAUAAGCGGGAAUAUGCAGAAGCUUUGGACGAACGGGAUCCUCUCAGGUCAUAUCGUGAUCAAUUCAUUAUUCCGUCCAAGAAGGAUUUACUCAGGAAGAGGCUAGCGGACACCGAAGGAGACGAUGAAUCAGAUCCACGCUGUACAUAUCUCUGCGGAAACUCCCUAGGUCUUCAGCCAAAGAAUCUCCGCAAAUACCUCGAUCAAUACCUCAGAUCAUGGGCCAUAAAGGGAGUCACAGGUCACUUCGUUUCUCAUGAGGAUGCUUUACUUCCCCCUUACUUGCAUGUGGAUGAUGCAGGCUCAAAGCUUCUGGCUCCCAUUGUGGGCGCUUCGCCCAGCGAGGUUGCUGUUAUGGGAACGUUGACGGGGAAUAUACACAUAUUGAUGAGCAGUUUUUAUCGACCGACGGCGGAACGACAUAAGAUUAUCCUUGAAGGAAAGGCGUUUCCCAGUGAUCAUUACGCCGUUGAAUCCCAAAUUCGACUCCACAACUUCGACCCCGCAACCUCCAUGGUCCUCAUUGAGCCCGAAGACGCCGAGAAACCCAUUCUCAGUACCGAGCAAAUUCUAAGAGUCAUCGACGAAAAUGCCUCUGACACAGCCCUGAUAUUCCUCCCAGGCAUCCAAUUCUACACGGGCCAGUACUUUGAUAUUAAGACCAUCACUGCCCAUGCACAUUCAAAGGGGAUACCAAUCGGCUGGGACUGUGCGCAUGCCGUUGGAAACGUUGAGCUGCAAUUGCAUGAUUGGGAUGUCGAUUUUGCCGUUUGGUGUCAUUACAAGUAUGUAAAUAGCGGGCCGGGGGCUAUGGCGGGAUUGUUCGUGCAUGAGAAACACGGGAUAGUUAAGCUCGGCGAAGAGACUGGUGAGAGUCCAUCGUAUCAUCCUCGAUUGGCUGGGUGGUGGGGACAUGAUAAGGAGACUCGUUUCCAGAUGAACAACAAAUUCGUCCCCCAAGAAGGUGCAGCAGGCUACCAAAUCUCCAAUCCCUCAGUCCUCGAUCUCAGCGCCGUAGCCUCAUCCCUCGAAAUCUUCAAUCAAGCAACCAUGCCCGCCCUCCGCCAGAAAUCCUUAGAACUGACAGGCUACCUCGAGCACCUCCUCCUCAAAUAUCCGCUUGACGACCCAUCAACCUCGAACGACAAGGACCAGAGACCAUUCACAAUAAUCACCCCCUCAGACCCAUCCUCGCGCGGCGCUCAACUCAGCAUUCUUCUUCAACCCGGGCUGCUGGACAAAGUACUCGAAAUCCUCGAGGAAGAAGGCGUGGUGAUUGAUGAACGGAAACCGAACGUUGUGCGUGUUGCGCCGGCGCCGUUAUAUAACACUUUUACGGAUGUAUGGGAGUUUCAUCGGGUGUUUGUAUUGGCGUGUAAAGAGGCUGUUAAGGCUAGGGAUGGAAAGUAG